AUAAAUGUUGUGAGUGAUGCUGAUUUGUCCAGGGCAAUCCAUCCCACUAUGAGGCAGCCUUCCUGAACUCUUUGGGGGAAAAUAUAGCUGCUCUUUUGUAUGGCGAGUCUAAGUCAUUAAACCGGACUUAGCCAUUGUAAUUAAAUAGAGAUGGAAUAACAUUAGCCAGCCAAGGGGAAACUAAGAGAGGAGACAGGUUCCACCCCCCAGUACCACUCUCAGAAGGUGAUUCAGAAGUCAUGGCUGACCACAACAAGGUAUUACCACGUCCUCUUUUCCGCCGAGAUGUAAAUUGGGAUCCUUUCCGUGAGUGGACACAGCCUAGCCACAUGAUCAUGGAGAAGGACUUUGGCCUCCCUCCUUUCCUGGAUCCAGGCGAUGUGAGCUGGAUAGAUUGGGCUAGGAAUACAUUGGCAUCAUCCUCCUGGCCAGGGUACACACGCUAUCCCCUCUUCAGCCUCAGCACUGUUCUCCCUGCUGCAGUGGCACCCCAGACUUUAGCCAGGCUUCAGAGGCAACUGUCUGGAGGAGUGUCAGAGAUCAGGACGGGACAGGGCAGUUGGAGGAUCACCCUGGAUGUUAAUCACUUCUCACCAGAGGAGAUAUCAAUCAAAACCAAGGGGGGCUUCCUGGAGAUUGCAGGUCAACAUGAUGAAAGGGAAGACGAACAUGGAUCAGUCUCAAGGUGCUUUAUAAGGAAAUACAAGCUGCUCCCUGGUGUGGAUUUGCAGCACGUCAGCUCAUCUCUGUCUGGUGAAGGGGUUCUCUUAGUAGAAGCACCUCUACCAGGCUCAGCUACCACCAUCCUCCCCAGUGACAUGGUCAUCCCCAUUCAGAUCAAGCACGAGCAGGAGGGGAAAGAGUGAAUCCAGUUGUCCAGAUGUUGAGAUCCAUCACAAUUAGAUUAGAAGCGAAUGACAGUGUUGACAACUUUUGACAAAAAUGUGAUUGUGUAUUAGGUCUUGGUCAUUCAAAAUGACAGACAUAGUGGCUUCUAUUGCUGUUGAAACCCUAUAACUUAAUUUACUCUCACUGUAACCACAAGGUUGUCAGGUUUUUCUAUGCAUUUUGGUUAAUCAUGUUCCAUGAUUUAACUAGCAAAACCAAGAUAAACAGAAAUAAUCAAGACUGAUGAAAUGUACUUUCUCAUUUGUCAAAUGAUAGAUUAAUUGGGAGUAAAAAUUACCAUGUGUAGGGCUAGGCGUCCCGCUAGCGGGACAACUUCCGGUGAAUCUGG